CCGGGAAGCAACAGGCGAGGAAGAAGGGACUUUUCGGGAACUUCCAAACAUGCCACACGUUCUUCUUUUACGGACGGACCACGCCAGCACACCUGAGGAGUGAUUUUAUUCCACCUUGAGGAAAUUCCACGGAGUUUUCCCCGUCGUAUGUGACGUUCCACUCGGCUGUAGAAGCGGGCGCACCCGGAGCUUUGACGCGGAUCGCCCCCCUCGGCUGGUGGGUUUCAUGCGUCCGGCUGCGUGAGAGGACUCCGAGAGGGGCACCGGAGGAUGCCACGAUGCCCUCGUUGAUCUGCCGCGUGCUUUUCCUGUGGCUCAGCGUGCACAGGCUGGCGCGGUGCACGGAGCGCGUGUCCACGCGCGAGCGCUUCAAGGUGGUCAUCGCGCCGGUCAUCUGCAAGCGGAUCUGCCUCAAGGGUCAGUGCCAGGACCGCUGCGAGCAGGGCAACAACACCACGCUGAUAGCGGAGAACGGCCAGGGGGCGGACACGCUCAUUGGCCCGGGCUUCAGGGUCGUUGUGUGUCCCCUCACCUGCAUGAAUGGCGGCGUGUGCAGCUCCAGGAAACACUGCCUGUGCCCGCCAGGUUUCACGGGCAGACUUUGCCAAUUUUCUCUGCGGCACACGCAGCGGGUUCAGGCGGCGCGAGGCAACAAGCAGCCUGUCUACCCUGUUUCUUUAAAACCCGACAGCCAGAAACUUCUGGAGCAAGCGAGCAUGGGACGCACCCAGUUGACUCAGACCCACUCUGUUUUCUCCAUACCGUUGGCACAGCCGGGCCACCACUCCUCUGAAGUGCAAAUAAACGUACGUGUUCACCACACACCAGACACAUCUGUGGUCAUCCAACCUGUCAGCCAAGCGGACAACAAGCCUUUUCAGAAGACGAGUCCGCGCCCCACGCCCACGCGACACAAGCCCAAGGGGCGAUGCUUCCAGGAGACCACCCCCAAACAAGCUUGCAAUAGCACCCCGCUUCCUGUUCUGACCAAUCAAGAGGAUUGCUGCGGCAGCGUGGGCAACUCGUGGGGACAAAACAAGUGUUAUCAGUGCCCCAAACUGCCAAAUGCUUCAGUCAAGCAGACCAUUGUAGAAGAUUUUGGCUCAACCUGCCCACAAGGUUAUAAACGAUUCAACAGCACGCACUGUCAAGACAUCAAUGAGUGCUCCAUGCAGGGUAUCUGUCAGAAUGGAGACUGUUUGAACACACUGGGAAGCUUCAAAUGUUCCUGCAAGGCUGGCUUUGUCCUGGAGAGGAAUCGAUGUGUCGAGUCUCCAGCCGAGUCGGCCCAAUGCUUCUUGAUGGCGUCCGAUGUCAGAGGGUGCGAGCAUGCCCUGCCCACUCACCUCACCAAGGAGAUGUGCUGCUGCACUGUGGGCAAAGCUUGGGGGCGUAACUGCGAACGGUGUCCACAGGAGGGUACAGUUGCCUUUAGUAAGAUCUGCCCUGCGGGCAAAGGCUGUGUUCUUCAAAAUAUAACAGAAACUGUGGCCAUCCCUCCUUUGCCUUUCCCCUGGAAGCCGGACAAAGAAGAAACAAAGCGGCCGCAGAGGCCACUAGAGACAACAACCGCUGUGCAGCAGGCUCCAACCAGUUCCCAAAGUCCUCGUGUUCCUGUUGUCAAACCCACCCCUCCCACCAUCAUCAGAAUGACCCAUGGCAAUGACCCCUUAGAGACCCAAACGAAAGUUUCACCAGAGACAGAUGAAUGUAGGCUAAGCAGGAACAUUUGUGGUCAUGGAGAAUGUGAGAACACCCUGAACGGCCACAUCUGUCACUGUCACCCCGGCUACCGUCUCAACCCGCAGAGGAACAUCUGUGAGGAUGAUAAUGAAUGUGAGUCGGAGCCUUGCGGUCAAGGCAGAGGCCUUUGCGUGAACACCGAGGGCGGCUACAAAUGUCACUGUCGCCCAGGUUAUAAACACAUGGUGCAGCAUGGGAGGCUUAAGUGCGUUGAUGUGAAUGAGUGCUCCAAGCACGACAUAUGCGGCGCUGGAGGCCAGUGUGUCAACUUGCCAGGUUCUUAUAAAUGUGACUGUCACAGCGGCUUUAGGAGCAAGUCACACCGUCACCCAGUUUGUGAAGAUAUAAAUGAGUGUUUGAGUCCAGACACUUGUCCGAAUGAGCAAUGUGAGAACACGCCGGGCUCCUUUGAGUGUGUUCCCUGUUUGCCUGGCCAUGAGGUCCGCGCUGGAAUCUGCUACGACAUAAACGAGUGCCAAAAACCUGGUAUCUGUUCUAACGGGAGAUGUGAGAACCUUUCUGGAACGUACCGCUGCUUAUGUAAUGAGGGAUUCCUACCAUCUGUUGACAGCAAGGGCUGCAGUGACAUCGACGAGUGUGAGGAUGUCAGACUCUGUGCGUACGGUCACUGCAUCAAUACUGAGGGAUCCUUCCAGUGUCAGUGCUACCCGGGUUACCAGCGCACGCAGGAAGGCAGUCACUGUGAAGAUAUCAAUGAGUGCGAAAGGCCAUCAAACUGUCAAAGGGGACGAUGUAUCAACAAUAUGGGCUCGUACAGCUGCGAGUGCCAGAAGGGUCACACUCUGAUUGGAGGCCGACGCUGCCAAGACAUAGACGAAUGUGCCGCCGACAGAGGUCUUUGCCAGCCGUAUGGCUCCUGUGAGAACAGGCCGGGCUCCUAUGUGUGUGUCUGCAAUCACGGCUAUGUCCUCUCGAAUGACAAACACAGCUGCGAGGCAGUUGAAAUGCUAAUGGAUGAGAAGAAGGAGUGCUACCUGAAUUUAGAUGACACCGUGUUCUGCGACAGCGUCCUGGCCACCAACGUCACCAAGCAGGAGUGCUGCUGCUCCAUUGGGGUGGGGUGGGGGGACCACUGUGAGAUCUACCCAUGCCCCGUUUCUCACUCAGCGGAGUUCCACUUCCUGUGUCCAAACGGGCAGGGUCUCUACUAUGACGAAGGACUCAUGUAUAGCCGGCCUGCAUACCAGGAUAUUGACGAGUGUUCCUUGUUCGCUGAUGAAAUCUGUAAGAAGGGCCGCUGUCAGAACACGCAGCCAGGUUAUGAGUGCUACUGUCAACAGGGCUUCUACUAUGACAGCAACCUUCUGGAGUGCAUUGAUGUGAACGAAUGCCACGACGAGUCUCUAUGCACAAAUGGUCGUUGCAUCAACACUGAAGGAUCCUUCUACUGCAACUGUAAGCAACCCUGGACCCCAGACUCUAACAAGAAGAAAUGUGUGCUAGCAGCAGUCGUUGAUGUGAAUGAGUGUGAAGACCCUGCCAAUUGUAAGAACGGUCUCUGUGUGGACACACCGGGGUCUUACUACUGCAUCUGUUCCCCGCCACUGACCCUCGCCAUUGAUCGGAACAGAUGUGUGACUCCCGAGGAGCAGGCCGAUGUGAAUGAGUGCCAGGAUCCCUCCUACUGUAGGAAUGGGAGGUGUGAGAACACGCCCGGCUCCUUUCACUGUUUUUGUGACCCUCCUCGCACCUUCAGUGCGGAGCUGAAACAGUGCGUCUAUGACGAUCGCACGGCAGCCUACAAGGAUGUGUGUUUUUUGCAGGUGGACGAGGGCUUGAUCUGCACCGAGCCCAGAAGCGUCAUGUUGGUGACCUACUCCGAGUGCUGCUGCCACUACGGCCGCGGCUGGGGGCCCGAGUGUAACACCUGUCCACCGAGAAAUUCAGAGAUGUUCAACCAUUUGUGUGAGAUGCACCUGGAGACAGAGUCUGAUGGAGAGCAAGAUUUCCUGGCAGCUUUUGCUAAUUAUAAUCCAGGUGACAGUUCAGAGGAGGACUCAGACGAAUGCAGCUGUACAAACGGUCACUGCGUGCGCUCCUAUCUGAGCACCAUGUGUGAAUGUAACCAAGGAUUCAGGUUGGACCACUCCCACACCCGCUGUAUAGACGUUGACGAGUGUACAGAACAAGGAAUUCGCAUGAAUCCAUGCAAGAACGCUCGCUGUGUGAACACGGUGGGCUCAUACAAGUGCUACUGCAAACAAGGCUUUGUGGCCACGCGCAGGCCAAACAUAUGUGUCCGCCGCAGAACCCAAUAACCCUUGGCACGUUGCUCUUAUUUAUCCAUUUGUAUGCAACACACACUCAAGCACUGUGCACAUGCUGUACAUACGCCUGUCUUUGAAAUGACAACACAGAACUGUGUACCCACAGUCAACUUGGGAGGAGCCAUGUCAUAGCAAACAAGAUGUAAGCUCCUCCCCUGUGCCUUAUUUUACUUUUUGUUUAUUGAUAAAUGUAAAUUAUAUGUUUUUGUAAGUAAUUAUUUCAAACUUGCUCAUUUUUGCUUAGCCCAUUUGAGAUUUGUACAUUGUAAGGAGGCCAAACGCUUCUUUAAAUCUUCGUCCACAUUCAUUAUAUUUAAGUCUAAAUUGCCCUCUUUUGAAUUGUAUUAUUCGAACGCAGAUUGUUGAUUUUGUGUUAUUGUACAGUUUGUGGAUUGAGAGUUGCUGUCCAUUUUUUUUGUUUAUGUAAAAUAUGAGAGACCUGAAGUUUGUGUAUAAUUUGACAUGUGCACCUAGGGGAAAAAAAGACCAUGCACUUAGCAAUGAAUGGGAAUGUUUGCCAACUGUAGCCGACUUUGGUACGCCAAGAAUGUUUUGCUGCAUCAGACCAUUUUGACAACUUGUUAGGAUAAGAAUUUUAAUAAUAAAAAACAUUUCAACCUG